AUGAAUCUUGCCUCACAAUUAGAGCAACAGCCCAAAAUGGAGUCUAUCUCUUGGCAGGCAUACUACCAGAAGAAAUGCUUCUAUAUUCUGGGUUCUUAUGCAAUCGUCAUUCUGAUGACGACUAGCUUUGCUCAGGACACCUUCCUCUUUAGUGAUAAAAGCAUGGAUGUGAAAGCAGAGUUUCACCAAUUUAAUUGGAUAGUUUUCUUCCUAAUGCUCCAUAACUUAUACCAGUUCAUUCAACUUCUCAAAACUGACCCUGGAAUUGUCUAUCUCAAGAAAGAAUCCUUCGUUAGUAGGCUUCUGAAGGUAGAUAUCAACGAAGGUACAAAAUUAGCAGCAUGAAUCAACCAUAAGUACAAACAGUUGAUCGAACUCAGGAAAGAGCAAGAGCGCUGUAGAGAUGAGGAUAGACCCCUCCUUAAUUUUGCGGAUCAAUCUGAUGCUCUAGCGUAUAAAUAUGGGGUAUUGAGCCAGAUACAGAAUGAUAGUGCAAAUGCCUUCUCAUAUUGUGAUCAAUGAGAAAUUUACAAACUUCCCAGAAUGGAGCAUUGUCGAGAGACUAAUUGCUGAAUUCUAAGGUAUUCUAAAACAGAUAUGGUUCCUAUUGGUUUAUGAAACUACUCUCUCUACAUCCAAUGGAUGCUUUUCACAUGACUGUACUCUCUGAUCAUGAACAUCUUGCUACUCCCUCUCAUCUUGAGCUUGGGUAAGCUAAAGAUAAGUGGCCAAUUGCUUUUGUGACUCUUUUUCUUCUAUAACCUCUAUACUCUAUUCAACAAAUUCCCUGUUAUUUCCUAUGAAUGAGCUCUUAUCCGCUCGAACCAAACCCAAAUGGAUAUGAUAAAAGGGAGUUUCCUGAAUGAGAGAGCUUGUUACUUAUUUCAGGACCAGAAGUAUGCUAAGAAGCCUAAUAUCUAUGCUAACCGGGAAUCCCUGAUGACUAAUAUAAAUAUGAUGCUAGGCAACAACUGUUCCAGCUUUAGCUGGGUCAAGCACCUCUUUGCGCCUGUUCCAAGCUAUUAUCGAAAUUUCCUGAACCCUUUGAAAGAGACAAGUUACUUAAAAUUAUCACCUGAAGGAGUCAAAGAGCUUAUAGACCUGAAGAAGAAGGUUGAGGAGAAACUAAACGAGAAGUUCAUUCAGAAAGGAUUUAAAGUAAAGCAAUUCGUUUAUUUAUAAGUCACUCCUCCCAUAAAUUUGUCUGGGUCUGGCACCAUUCCAUUCACAUCUGCUCCUGAGAAAUCAAAUCCAGGGUUCUCUUCCUGGAAUCUCUCCAGAAGAAUGUUCUUUUUCACUGCUGAUUCGGUCAUAGGGUCUAGAGGAGCGUGUCCUUUGCAUGCUCAAGUCCAGGUCUGAGCUUUAUAUAUCUUUGCGAGGGAAAUAUGUAUCUCAUCAUCUUCGAAAUACCAUAAACUUUCACUGGUGUUUACUUUCCCGCCUAAGUCUUCAUCCAAAAAUGGAGGAUUUCCUUUAAUUCCCACAGUAAGAUGGCUGCUAGUAAUUUUAAUAUCCAUCUCAGGCAUGGCUUGUCCAGGCUGUAGCUGAGCCUUGACUUCUUCUUUAUGUUGAGGGAGUACAAACUCUGGGGGCUUAAUGUAUACAAAUACUUCAUCAAUGGUCUGAUUCCAUUCAUAAAUCACCCUAUCUUGAUACUUAAACUGCUGCCUCUUCUUUCCAAGAUCUUUAUCGCCACUCUCAAAUUGUUCCAUUUUCAAACCAAAUUUUCUAAAUUAAUA